GGCUCAGCCAGUAUAGUUUCCAUGAGCAGUGCUUGUUGUGGCUGCGUGGUGUUAUCAGUGUCCUUGUGGGACUACACCCCAAAUGUGGAUGUCAAUGUCAGUGAGAUCGAGGUCGAGUCCUGUGUGAACGGCUGGAACUACAGUAAAGAGGUUUACGAGUCUACAACAGUGACAGAGUGUGACCUGAUAUGUGAGAAUGAGUAUAAAGGGCCUCUGACCUCAUCGAUAUAUUUCUUUGGUGUGUUGGUGGGGACCUUCCUUUCAGGACAGAUGUCUGACAGGUAUGGCAGGAGGCCUGUACUUUUUGCCAUGAUGGCUAUGCAGACAGUAACUAUCCUUAUCCAGAUGUUUUCUCCAAGCUGGGAAAUCUUUGUGGGAUUCAGUGGUUUUUCUAAUUAUGUUCACAGUUUCAAAAAUCAUCUGUCACAUGAAUCACACAUUCCUCUUGAUCGGCAGGCUGUGAAGUUCUCAGUGUUUGGUUCUCUGGGAAUCUUCAUGGGGUCUGGAAUCGGUCAGAUGUUCUUUCCAUUAGCAGCUUAUUUCAUCCGUAGCUGGCGAUGGCUGGUGCUUACAAAUGCCCUCACUGGCCUCCUGUAUUUACCAUUUUAUUAUUUUAUAAUAAUUAAAAAUUGCUGGAUGGUCAUCACCAUGUCUUACUAUGCUCUCAUUCUGAACACCACAAACCUUCAUGGAAAUCUGUACCUGAAUUUCUUCCCGUCUGCAGUGGUGGAGAUCCCAGCUUUCAUUAUAGCCAUGCUGUUGCUCAGAUACUGCAGCAGGAGAUUCUGUCAGUCCUCCACUCUUCUCAUGGGUGGAGCUAUGAUUUUCAUCAUACAGCUCAUUCCCAAAGUUACAAGAGCUGUUUUUCCCUUUAGGAUGGUCAUCACCAUGUCUUACUAUGCUCUCAUUCUGAACACCACAAACCUUCAUGGAAAUCUGUACCUGAAUUUCUUCCCGUCUGCAGUGGUGGAGAUCCCAGCUUUCAUUAUAGCCAUGCUGUUGCUCAGAUACUGCAGCAGGAGAUUCUGUCAGUCCUCCACUCUUCUCAUGGGUGGAGCUAUGAUUUUCAUCAUACAGCUCAUUCCCAAAGUUGUCUUUGGGUUUGUCUUUGUCUCUCUAGACCUGAUGGAGUUGGCAACCUUACUGGAGAUGCUGGGAAAGCUUGGUGUCACAGCUGCAUUCUGUGUAGUUUAUGCAGUGACUUCAGAACUGUUUCCUACCGUGGUGAGAAACAUGGCCAUGGGAACGUGCUCCAUGACCGCUCGCAUAGCUCUACAUCAGCACUACCGGAGAAACGGCUCCGUUACUGAAAAACGUGCGGCGCUGUCGGCAAACGAACAGAUGCGAAUCCGCGUGUUUGCCUCCUCCCUCCCUUCAACCUGA